AAACGACAUUGCUCUCUCUAAUCAAUAAUUGCAUCAAAUGGCCCCCCAAAUUAAAUACAAGAGUUCCCUGUUGCUCCUUUUAACGGUCACUUGACUUUUGGUUAGCUCUUCAGUCCUCACUUUGGCCAACUCGAUUUUUACACCAAAAAUCUCUCCAAUGAUCACCGGAAGGAAAGCGGCAAACGCCCUGGCAGGCAAGACUGCACGACCUUGCGAUGGCUGUUCCCGGAAGAGAGCUCGGUGGUUCUGUGCUUCUGAUGACGCUUUUCUUUGCCAGGCCUGCGAUGAAUCAGUUCAUUCCGCCAACCAGUUAGCCAGCAGGCAUGAAAGGGUCCGGCUCGAGACUGCUUCAUCCAAGAUAAGCGGUUCGAUGAAUACUGUUGUUUCUCCCCCUUGGCUUCAAGGGUUCACUAAAAAAGCAAGAACCCCAAGGCACAACAACAGCACCAAGUCCUUAUUAUCAAAUCAACGAUUUAAAGAUGAAGAGAAAGUCUUGAUGAAUUAUCUUCCUCUUGUUCCUGAGAUAGGUAGCGAAGAAGAGGGUAAUACUGUUGCCGAUGAGGACGAAGAUCAGUUGCUUUAUAGGGUUCCUGUGUUUGAUCCUUUUGCUGCAGAGCUAUGCACUGAUGACGUGAUAAUGUGUGAAGGAACCGAAAUAGCCAUGGGAAACGAAGAGGGAAAUAUGGUUUUUGAUGGUUGUGGAGAGGAAGGAUCUACAUGUGACCUGGAUAAUUUACCUGGUUUUUUACCUUCGGACAUGGAUCUUGCUGAGUUCGCUGCAGAUGUUGAGAACCUACUUGGAAGAGGACCGGAGGACGAUUCUUCUGAUAUCAAGGAAUUGGGUUUGUUAGAUUGUAAAGAGGAAAACGAUGACAAGUUUUGUCUUGACGACAAAGUAGUGAAGGUCAAGGAUGAACAAGAACUUGAAGCAAUCACAGAUUGCCAUUUCGAUCAAGCCUUCGACAUAGCAAGAGAAUCAUUUGAUUGGAAUUUCAAUUACAAAUCACCGAUAACCGGAGAUGAGGAAGAGGAGGAGAAAGUAGCACCAGCUUUAACUGACACUACUACGAUGAACAGUGGAAAAUCAAAAGAAAUGAGAAGGAACGUAACUUUGAGGCUAAAUUAUGAAGCAGUCAUCAAGGCUUGGGCUAGCCAUGGCUCUCCAUGGACUACAGGGAGCCGACCAGAGCUCAAUCCUGAUGAUUGCUGGCCUGACUGCAUGGGUACAUGCCCUAAUGCUCAUCACCACACAUAUGGGGUCCUGGGAGGACACACAGGAGGCGGCAAUGGAGGGAGAGAAGCAAGAGUAUUAAGGUACAAAGAGAAGCGAAGAACACGAUUGUUUUCGAAGAAGAUAAGGUACGAGGUGAGGAAACUGAAUGCAGAGAAAAGACCUAGAAUGAAAGGUCGAUUUGUUAAGAGGAUGUCCUUCAUGGGAACUGCAUUUCCUUGCAUCAACAAAUAACUGUUUUAACCACUCGAUCAUUCCUAUGUUUGCUUCUUGUUGUCGGCAACAUGGGGUUGAUGGAUUUGUGGGCUAAUUUUACUGAUAAAGCUAUAAGAGGGAAGUAACUUAGGCAUUUACCUCCCUCUCAAUCUUUUUUUCUUUCUCUUCUCCGAGACUGUAAUGUAAUCAAUAAACCUUUGCCAGUAUGAAUUAAAGAUGUCGAUCUUGACAAAGAAAAUGAAUUUCUUUGUCUUGAAUGUCUUUUUUGAUAA